UAAAGCAUUCCAUGCAGCACAUUUCCUCCACCCCAUCCCAUCAGGCUGACUCCCCACAGUCAACAGGAGUCCUCACCCUGGGAUCAUUCCUCAAACCCCAUGGCUCCAGCUCCCAACUUCCAUGGACACCAUUGGACUUACAACUCUGUCCAAGGGUCCUGCCUUCUGCUGCUGCUGGUCGUGUCUAAUCUGCACCUGUGCCAAGGCAACUCAUGCCCGUCCUGCGGUCCUGACGCAUUUGUUUCCUUACGAAAAUCCCUUACAGACUUGUUUAUCGAUGCCGCCUGGCUCUCCCAUGAAUUCCAUAACCUUUCCGCAAUAAUGUUCAGUGAGUUUAAAGAAAAAUAUGCCCAGGGCAAACUGUACCAUAUCAAUGCCACCAAGAGCUGCCACACCAAUUCCUUGCAUGCUCCCGAAGAAAGAGAUAAAGCACACCAGAUGAAUAAUGAAGACCUUAGUAAGUGGACACUUGUGUUACUGUACUCCUGGAAUAAUCCUCUGUAUCAUCUAGUCCCGAAGCUUCGGAAUAUGAAAAAUCUGUCAGAGGCGGUUGUAUCAAGUGCCAUGGAGAUUGAGAACAUGUCAGACAAACUUCAGGCAUUCAUAGAGAGUCAAUUCAGGAAGAUUAUUGUUUCAGCCUUGAAGACGAUACACGAGGCUCGCAGUAGCUGGUCAGGACUCCCAUCACUGACGUCCAGCGAUGAAGAUAGGCGUCUUUCUGAAUUUUAUAACCUGUUCCACUGCCUGCGCAGGGAUUCAGGUAAAGUUGACACGUACAUCAAGAUCCUGACGUGCCGAAUCCGCGAAAAGUGCUAAAUCCACAUCCAUCCUAUCCAGCUCUGAGAUGGUCAUAAUCAUCUAUCCCAUAGCGAGCUACUUAAAAUUUACAGCUUUUUAAUGCAUGCUCUGUAAUGGAUCUCCUCUUAAAAAAUAAACACAGAUGCUUUAGAGAUGUCAAAAUCUAA